AAGAAUUAGCUACAAUCAGUUUAGUAAAUAUUUUUAAUUUAAGGAAAAAAUAUUUUAAAGACAAUCGGGAAUCUAGCCUAAUGCAGAAUGGGAAAUGGAAUGAAUAGGGUUCUACCCGGAUUAUAUGUUGGAAACUUUCGUGAUGCCAAGGAUAGCAAUCAGCUGAAGACCAACAGAAUAACUCAUAUCCUCUCCAUACAUGACAAUGCGAAGAAACUUAGAGAUGAUAUAGAGUACAAAUGUAUACAGGCCAGUGACAACCCUAACCAAGAUUUGACUCAAUAUUUCUCUGAAUGUAUCGAUUUUAUUCAUGUUGCGCGGAUCAAUGGAGGCAAUGUUCUUGUCCACUGUUUGGCGGGUGUAUCCAGGAGUGUGACAGUGACAGCGGCCUACAUGAUGACGGUGACUGACUACGGGUGGAAGGACUGCCUCAAUGCAGUCAGAGGGGCCAGAAGUUACUCAAAUCCAAACUUUGGCUUUCAGAAACAGUUACAAACUUACUGUGCAGAAAAAGUUACUAUGGAAAGAGAAAGAAUUAAAUCUACUUUUGAACCUGUUCCAUUCAAUGACAAUGAAGAAAUGCGAUAUCUUCUGGAUGCUUUUCAAAAGUUCGUUUUAUAUGGAGACCCAAACAGGGAUGAUGGAUUGUACAGCCUGCCUCAUAAAGCAUACAAAGAACGACCAAAGGGAAUAAGUAUAGACUCCAGCAGUGAGGAGGAUGGGGGGUCACACAGUGCCAAACAGGAGGGGGCGUCUCAGAAUAACCAGAGCAGUACUACGCAAGAAUCGUACACAAGAAUCUCUGUAACGCAGGAAGUUAAGGAAAACCAGGAUAUACUGAAACAGAACCAAGGGUGUGAGGAGCCAGAUGAAGAUUCCGUGAAUGAAAAUCAAAAAAGUGAAGAACCAGAGGAUGAGGACAUAGUGAACCAAAAUAAAGACCUCAGCCAUAUAUCCAAUAAUUAAUGAAAGGUGUAUUUACAUGUACUUGUUUACAAGUGAUGCAUGUACCUAUGCAGUUUUUCUAUGCAAAGGCAGUACACAUUUUUUUUGUUUAUGAAUGAUACAGUCAUACAUGUGAUAUACAUGUAUCAUGUGAUAUUUUUCUUUAAGAACUCUUGACUUGAUUUUGAUCUCAUUUUGGAAUAAAUAAUCUCCACAAAAUAACAUAUUACAUGGACAUAAAGAACCACCAAUUGGCAUUAUUUAAAAAUUUCCAACAAACAUUUGCCCUUAAGUCCCUUUGUUUAUUCAGUGCAUGUAAAAUUAGGAUGUCAAAUUUGUAAGUUGUAAAUAGCUCUGAAGGUCAAUCCAAAAGUAUCACACAUUUGUAUUUAAUGAUAUUAAAUUAUAUUGACUGCUUUUUCCUAAAGCUAUGACCAGUUAUAUGAUGCAUGUUAGUAUUAUUUAUUUACAUCUACAUCUAAGAAUCCAAGAGGAAGUGAAUAUUUGUAUUUCUUGUUUAUUAUUAAGAAUUUGUUUUUAUUAAUAUCUACAAUUUUUUAUUUGUCUAGAAUUUUUUAGAUUUUUGUUUUUACAUUUGAUGUACAGAAUUAAAAUUGUAAUAUGCAUGCAAACGUAUGUGCCAAUAAAUAAAAUCAAUAAAGUUGUUUUCACAAUAUUACGAGGGUGGGGACAUAUCCCUCACCUGGCCACUAUGGCCAGGAAAAGGCAGAAAAUGAACCAGUUCAGUAUUAAAGAGUAUAUAAAUA